AUGACUAUAGAGGUCACAGAACCUCGUAUCCCCGGGUAUUGGGCUGACAAGCUGGUCAACCGGGAGAGCUCGCUGAAUAGACUUCAUAAACUCCUCCUGGAAGAUCCCGCUCGAUUCCAGGAACUGAACUCGGCAGAUAAGAUAAAUCGACUUCUCCCGAUCAAUUAUCUCCAGCAGUACCUUACCGACGUCUGCUUUCCGCUGCAGAAGAAUUCCGACGGUACUAGAACCAUCGUUGCCCGACUGGAGCAGCCCCUCAAAGUUGCUCUGAGGAACAAAAUUCUUCAGACAUGCUUUGGAGUCGAGUUUGAUGAUCUAUUUCGAUUAAUGGAAUUCGACUUGAACGAGGAUGGCGAUUAUAUGUUGAUCCCUCGACUGGAAGUCCGAACAACAGAUUGGGAGUUACCGAAUACAAGAAGAGCUUAUUUCGAGAGCUUGAAGCUAGAAGCAGACAUGCUCUGCGAACAAGAGGGGAUUGCCCCAAGCCCUAGCCGUGAAGGAGGGCGGCUGCCUGUCCAAAACACCCCUAACCUCGAAAAAAUCUUGUACCGCUUGUUAGCUGUCACCACUGCCGAAACCUCUGCGAAAUCUCAACUGGAUCAGUAUAAUCCGCAAGACUUUGAUACCCUUGGUGCCAAUAUUACUACUCACGAGAGUCUUCUCUGGUUUGCUUGCAGAGCCCAGGGACAGAACAAGCCAUCGAUGCGUAGCGCCGUCUUCGAGGCUCUCAAGAGGGUCAGUGAUGGCCGUGUUCACAAUUCCGAAGAACUUCGGAAAUAUCUGGAGGAAGAAGAGUUCGAGCUCGCCAAGCUGCAGUCGCUUCAGGAAGCUCAGCCUCCGAUCUCCGAUGCGUUGUCAGAAGCGUAUCGAAGCUUCGGCAUCGACCAGCACUCGCUCAACGACGAUUAUAUCCUGAAUGUCUUCAGAACAUACAUGGACUCUGCUCAGUCCCCCAUUGUCAAGAUUAAGCAUCGGCAAAAUCUAUUGACCAUUGGCAGAGCCAGGGAUAGCAAACCAAUGAUUGAAGAAGCUCUUGCCUUGACCAGAGACGAAGCCCGCAACAUCCUAGCUCAGGACGUCUCUGACGAUGUCGAUCCCACCGUGGUCAUUAUGCUGGCAAACAUUCGGGUUGACGACCUAGGCACAAAUGCCAAACCUAUGAUCGCAGCUUCAUUACGAGUUUUCAGCGAAAUUUAUCCUCCCUACAAGCGAGAGUAUAUUGAAUUAGCUGCACAGCUUGAUCCGGAAGGACACUCAUGGCUACUGGCGACCCUUGACAAUGAUGCAAAUGAUCAAGAGGAGGAAGUCAACCUUAACAUACCUCCUGGCCUUUACAAUAUCCGCAAUACUUGCUAUUUAAAUAGCAUUCUGCAAUACUUCAAUACUAUCAAUCCUGUCCGGGACGUUGUCCUGAAUAAAGAUCGGUUCAGGCUUGAAAAUACCGAUGAGAAUCGAUCGAGCCGUCGCCUCGGUGGAACAGGCAGCCGGCUUACAAAAGGCGAGGCGCUUCUCGCCCAAGCAUUCAUCGAUGAGCUUCACAAUCUGUUCACAGAACUACAAGCGUCGCGUGGCAAAGGUGUCACCCCCAAACAGCGUCUGGCAAUAGCUGCCCUAAAAACAGCUGAGCAGCUCUCGAAGCCCCCUCGCUCAAGGGCUCAAGGUCCAGACGUUGGCCCUGCGAACGGGAGCUACCCUGCACCGCCGCCGUUGCCGGCUAGACCAUCGCCGAUGCCGCCCGUCCUCUCCGCACACAACUCUUCGACCGGACCAACCGUAACGGUCAAUCCUGUUCCGGAGCACCUAGAGACCGCUAGCAACGUGAGCUCUCAGACUCUUGUAAAUCAGCCUGAUGACGAGGACCACACAUACAUCAAUCUCUCUCACAACGCUACCGCUGAUGAGGAGGCUGCGACAACUACUCCGAGCAGUAGUCAGGCAGGCUUGGCCAAUACAUCUUCAGAGAAGAAUGCGAUCGUAGAACUCCGUCACGGUUUACAUGCGUCGAGCAAUGAGUCCAAGAACGUUGUUGGAGUGGAUGAGGAUGCCAAGAUGGAGGAUGCACCCGCUGAGAAUGAUGAUUGUGUCGAGGACAAUAUUCUUGCAAACCUGAAUGACAUUUCUGAAAAAGGCACAGAUCAGAACGAUGUCGAGGAAGUCAUGGGAAAUAUUCUGGAGCAUCUCCAGGCAGCACUCAAACCCACGGGAACCGAUGAAGCCACUGGAUUCCAAACAGACCUUAUCACGGAGACAUUUUACUGGACAGCCGCCAAGUAUUUGCGCGAAGUGGAUGUAUCAGGCAAAUCAAAUACUCCAUACAGACGCUCUAUCGAACCAUCCCGUUGGAUUACCGCGUUCCCAGCGAAAGGCGGGGAUAUUGACCUAUAUACAGCUCUGGAUAGUAGUUUCGAUCAAGAAUUCCAGGAGGGCGGCUUUGAGCAGUUCACGUCAAUCGCACAAGCAUCUCCAAUUGUCCAUAUCUACCUCCAGCGCAGCCAGAGUGAAGCUGGCGUAUCGGGACGUAAUAACAAUAUCGUCCAGAUCCCCGAGGUCUUGUAUCUGGAUCGUUACAUGGAAGCUGCUGAAGGUACGGACUUGUUCAAGAGAAGGGAACGCAGCUGGAAUAUCAAGAGACUCCUACAAGAACUCGAGAAUUCAUCAGCGUCAAAAAUCGAGGUGCCUUCCGCGUCAAAAAAUGCGUCAAAAAUCGAUGAGCCUGACUACGAAGUGAUCGACCAUUUCACAGACCUGACACAACACCGGUACCGUCUUCAUGCCGUCAUUUGUCAUGGCGGUAACCUCACGUCAGGUCAUUACUGGGUGUUCAUCUACGACUUUGAGGAGAAUCUAUGGCGUCGCUAUAACGAUGAGAAGGUCAUAGUUGAGGAAGAUUCCACAAAGGUGCUCGCGGAACUCAACAGCUCCAGUAGUCCGUACUACAUCGCUUAUGUUCGCGAGAGUGACGUGCACGAGCUCGUCAGCGUUCCCCGGCGACUUGCAGCUCUACAAAAGCUGAACCCCAGCACUCAGGAUAUCGAGAUGCAGGAUGUUCACGUCGAGCACGUCGAGGACGGAGACGAGCCUCCUCCCUACACUCCCGAUCUUGCUUAG